CCGCCGUGGGGCUGGCCCAGCCGCUUGGUCACCGGCCUGGUGGGCACCUACAGCUGCUUCUGGACCCGGCGCAUGAACCGGCUGCGGGUGCAUAACAAGGAAGUUCUGUAUGAUCUGGUCGAGCGUCGUCAGCCUGGCAUCCCUCUCAUCACUGUGUCCAACCACCAGUCCUGCAUGGAUGACCCCCACCUCUGGGGUAAGACUAUGGGGGGUCUGUCCCAGACGCAAAUACGAGAGGUUAAAAAACAAGAAGGGAGAGACUCGUAUCUCAGAACACUUGCUUCAGCCUGGCAAAGAACAGCCUUUGAAUGUUCUGUAAAGAAACACGAUGGGUCUCCUUGUGCUUCCAGCCCCCUCUCUCUUCCCCCAGGCAAGGUGAACAUGAGCCAGGAAUUCAUGCGCUUCAAGUGGGGGAUUGGGCGUCUCCUGGCUGAGUGCCGGCAGCACCCCAUCAUCCUGCCCUUGUGGCACAUCGGUCUGAACGAUGUGCUGCCCAACGCCCCCCCCUACGUGCCCCGCAUUGGCCAGCGGAUCACUGUUCUCAUUGGGAAGCCAUUCAGUGUCCGGCCAGUGUUGGAGCGUCUCCAGGCUGAGAACAAGUCUGCAGUGGAGAUGCGCAAGAUGCUGACAGAUUUCAUCCAGGGUGAGAUCCAGGAACUGAAGGGCCAGGCUGAGCGGCUGCAUCAGACCUUCCAGUGGCACAGAUAGCUGGGGGGUUCCCCACCCCACAGCUCUGCUCCACACGCCGGCGGGGGCGGCCCCUCGCG